AUGAGCAGCGCCGGGGUGUAUGGGCCGACGGACGUCUUGCCGCUCAGCGAGUCUACGCCGGGGGAUCCCAACUCUCGUCACAAGGACAAGCUGGCCUGCGAGAAUUACCUGGACUCCAUGGGCCUGAACUGGACCUCCAUACGGCCGGUUUACAUCUACGGUCCUCUCAACUACAAUCCUGUGGAGCGGUACUUCUUCGACCGCGUCACGCGCGGACGACCGGUCUGCGUACCUUACGGUGGCAAGUACAUCACACAGCUGGGCCACUGUGAAGAUUUGGCAGAUUUCAUGGCGAAGUGCGUGGGCAACGGUGCGGUGGCCCGCCAAGUGUACAACAUCUCCAGCCAGGAGUAUGUCACCUUCGAUGGUAUGGCCAAGCUUUGCUCUGAAGCAGCCGGAAUGGGGGAGCCGACGAUUGUUCACUACGACCCGAAGACGAUCGAGGUGUACCGCCUUGAUAUGCCAAAAAGUCCCAGUUCCAUGUUUUGA